ACACAAAGAAGAACCAGAGCGCAAGAAGCAAUAACAAACAAACCCACAGUAGCAGCAAGCUAACGCAACUUUGGUAAACCGAGCAAACGGGCAGAGUUUCGUCUUUACAGCGGAUACAUAUUUUAUUAGUUUUUAUCCUACUAACUGUGUAUGAUAGGAUGUACGCGGGCUUUUAAGGAGACAUAUCGUAAUCUGUCACGGACACUACUUAACGUAACUGUUAACGUUAUCUAACAUCUGCUAACACUAGCCAGCUAACGUUAAUCCUUUCUGUGUGUGUCGUUUUCUUGACGAAUUAUAGGAUUGUCGAGAAAGUAGCUAGUUUAGACAUUGUGAAGAAAAAAAAGUUCAUCGUUUUUACACGGUGACAUGUGAGAAAACCAAGUGAAGACAACUGGGAUAACCUUAACGGUGCCGAUAUUAGCGGGAUACUAAGUGCAACUGUAACCAACCAAGGAUGGUGCACCUCGGUGUGUUGUGCAUGGGAGCUCGACUGAGUAUCUUUAUCCUGGUUUUCUGCAGCGUACUGGCUCCGUCACCCACACACGCCUAUAUCUAUGCUCAUUAUAGCAAUAUGACCUCCAUGUUGUUUGAAGACCUACCUGCCUUGUUUGGAUCCCCGCUUCCUAAGGAUGGAUUAAUGGGAGUUUUGGUGGUGUCCCGUCCACUUAAUGGCUGCACAACAAUAGACCCUCCUCCUCCACUGCCACCAUCUUAUGAUGCCAACACCACCAAAUUCAUAGCUCUCAUCAGACGCUAUGAUUGCAAUUUUGAUAUAAAGGUCUUGCACGCACAGCAAGCUGGAUACAGCGCUGCAAUCGUUCACAACAUGUAUUCAGACACUCUGCUCAAUAUGAACUACAGCAAUGACACCAUUGCAGAGGAGAUUGAGAUCCCCUCAGUAUUCACCAGCUACUAUGCCUCCCAGAUUCUCAGGAAUUUCAUAAUUCCUGAACAAGGAGCCUACGUGAUCCUCAAGCCAGAGUUUGCUUUUCCUCUCUCAUACUACCUUAUUCCCUUCACUGGAGUAGUUGGCAUGAUCAUUCUUGUGAUGUGUGUUGUCUUGAUUAUACGAUGUGUACAGUACAGAAAAAGGCUGAGGAAAAAUCGUUUGUCCAAGGAACAACUGAAACGAAUUCCAACCCACAGGUUCAGUAAAGGGGAUGACUACGACGUGUGUGCAAUCUGUCUGGAUGAGUACGAAGAAGGAGACAAGCUGCGCGUUUUACCUUGUUCACAUGCUUACCACUGCAAGUGUGUAGACCCGUGGCUCACGCAGACCAAGAAGACGUGCCCCGUGUGCAAACAGCGUGUCACUCGGCACAACCAGGAGCAUUCGGAGUCUGACUCCGAUGAGGAGACUGGAGGGCGCAGAGAGGAAGAAGGAACAGAGGGUGAAGCGGACUCUGAGCGCACUCCUCUGCUUCGGCCCUCUAACCCGGAGUCACCCUCAGGGAGCCCAAGGGCCUAUUCCGCCACCACCACAGUGACCACUGCGCAGUGCCUCGCCUCCCCCGCACGCUGCGACUCACCCAUCCUGGCUUAUGAAGGCUACUACUCCCCCCAGGAGGACACAGACUCUGAAAGUGAUGACGCUGGAGAGGACAGGCACCACACUGAUGAUGACACCGCUCAGCUCAUUGGUAGGGAUAGAGUGGAGGUCUGAUGGCCUGGAACUUAGCUGCAAUGAGAUUACCUGGUUUUACCUAAAAAGGGUCUUUGUGUCAUCACGUGUGCUGUUAACACACUGUACUUUAAAAUAGUUUGCAGAUUUGUGGUUAGCUUGACAUUUAGUAAACCUGCCACAUUUGUUGAUUGUAACAGAAUCUUUAACCCGAUAACCAGAGGAGGUCCAUUUCUAAGUGUCAAAGCACAAGCAGCACAAGAAUUGAUCAGUUUUACCAAAAAAUCCAAUUGCGGAUCGACCCACUUCUAUACACACAUUCACUCCAGAUCUCCAAUCUUUGUCUGUGGACCUCCUUUUUUAAUGCAUGUUGUAAUUCAUAACUUGACCACGCCACAUGACCUAACCACUAGUGCUGCACAAACUGAAUGGGUCACUUUAAUGUCUCUGUAAUCUAAAGCCACGUUUCAACCGCAGGAACUUUCCCCGGGUAUGAGGAACAUUUUGAGGAACUCAGUUCCUCUACCUGUGUUUCCACCAGAGGGUCCAGGAUCUAAAUUAAGUUCCAGGGAGAUUAUUUUAUCCCCCAAAAAGUUCCUGUUUGGGGGGAGUACUUUCCAAAAGCACAGGAACUUUGGGGGAGGGGUUUGCUGGGAUGACAGUCACUGAUUGGUCAAACACACACAGGGUGGCUGCUUCAACUUGUGUGCCACUUCGUUCAUAAAACAAGGAAGCACUCUCGCAUCGAUUUAGGACCAGUUUAGUACAAAGGGGGGACAUUUCUCUUUGUUGAUGUUAAAAGUAAAUUAAGGCAUUGUUGUCAGCUUCCUGACUCAUUUU